AUGGGAGAAGGUCACAGAGCUGGUUCAUUCAAACGUCCCGCUAAACCGCAUAAGUCAUGGAAGGGUCAUCGCACCAAAGGACAGAUUGACGAGCAGAACAGAGGAAGAGUUGCUGAACGUGAUGUUAAAAGAACAGCAUCAAGCCAUCGUUCGCUGUCAAGGAAUGAACGUGUGAAUCAGACCGUACAAAAAAGAGCCUCCAAAACUAAAAUUGCCUUAGAGGAACGGAGAAAGUACUUGGGAGCAGAUGCUCCUCCUACUCUUACGACUGUAAUCGUAUUCGGUGGUGCUGUGGAUAAGCAUGAGUUCGUGAACAAACUUCAAGAAUGUGAUGAAACGAUACAGAGAACCGAAGGAAGAAAUGUUUCAUAUUUCGCCAUACCCAGAUUCAAAGCUAGAGUAGGCUUCCUACUUCCUGAAAUUACAAACAUCGAUGAAGUUCUAGAAUGCUUAAAGGUGUCUGAUGUCGUCUGUUUUGUUUGGCCUAUAGAAACCGAGUUAUCCUCAUGGGAAGAGCUUAUUAUCGGGGCUGUUAAAGCUCAUGGAUUACCUACCUACAUUAAUGUUGUUCCUGGUUUGGGAGCUAUACAGAGUGGCAAGAAAAAAGAUGAAGCUCGCAAAGCUGCUGUUAGUCUUAUAUCCAAAUGGAGUUUGAUGAAAGAUAAAAUAUAUAAUGCUUCUAAUGUGACGGACGGCUUCCAAGUCAUACGAGCCAUUUUGGAAACUAAGAAGAGUAGACUACUCCUUCAACAACGUCGCUCUCACCUGCUUGCAGAAGAGUUGGAAGUUUCCAAUGAAAAAGAUGGUGUUUGUACAUUGAAUGUUACUGGCUAUAUUCGUGGUCCAAAUUUCAAUGUCAAUCAUCUGGUUCAUCUCCCUGGAUGGGGAGAUUUCCAAGUUAGCUCAGUGAAGAGUCAUGCUGAUCCUCACCUUCUCAAGAAUAAACCUAGCUCUGAAAAUUCGGAGCUCGCUAAAGCUGACCCAGAAAAGCAAGAAACUUUACAAUCAGAAAUCGUUCCGGAUCCCAUGGAUGCUGAGCAGACUUGGCCUGACGAGCACGAUGUUCUUGGUGACGAAGAUUUAUUGGAGAGAGGAAAUAUUAAGAAAGUACCUAAGGGAACGUCAGCUUAUCAAGCAGCUUGGAUUCUUGAAAGUGAUGACGAAGAUGUCGAUGGAGAGGAGGAAGAAGACAUCGAUGAUGACGACGAAGACGAUGAUGAUGAUGAGGACGCCGAUAUCAAUAUGGAGGGAUUGGAACCAACUAAUGAAGAAGAAGACGACGAGGGUGAAGAAGUUAACAUGGAUGACGCAAUGACUGAGGCUGGAUCAGAGUUUCUGGAUGACGAAAUUAAUAUGGAUGAAGUCGAAAAAUAUAGAAAAGAAAGAGAAGACAUGCAGUUCCCCGAUGAAGUUGAUACUCCUGUCGAAAUUCCUGCGCGUAUCAGGUUCCAGAAAUACAGAGGAAUGAAGAGUUUUAGAACCUCACGAUGGGACGCAUUAGAAAAUUUGCCUUAUGACUAUGCUCGUAUUUUCAAAUUCAAAAACUUCAAGAAAACGAGAAAGACUGUUAUGAGUGGAGUAGAUCCUGAAGAUGGUGUCAUAUUUGGUCAAUACGUUACAAUUCAAAUCGAGGGAGUCCCCGUAACUCUCAAAGAAGAAGUAUCUUCUUACCCAUACUUGGUUGUAUAUCAACUUCUUCCUCACGAACAGAAAAUGUCCGUGCUCAAUAUGGCAAUCAAGAGACAUCCUACCUGUACCAUUCCAAUCAUGGGGAAAACGAAACUAAUUUUCCAAGUAGGGUUCCGUAAGUUCGAAGCAGAGCCCAUAUUCAGUCAACACACGAAUGGAGAUAAAUUUAAAAUGGAAAGGUUCCUUCCACAAAAUGGAAAUUGUGUAGCAUCAGUAUUUGCCCCUAUCACCUUCCCUCCGUCUUCAGUACUAGUUUUCCGUAAAGACGGCAAAGGACGUCAGGAGUUGGUUGCAUCGGGAUCCAUCCUCGAUAAUAAUCCUGACAGAAUAAUUUUGAAGCGUGUUGUCUUAUCAGGCCAUCCAUUCAAAAUCAACAAGAGAUCAGUAGUGACCAGAUACAUGUUCUUCAAUAAAGAGGAUAUCGACUGGUUCAAGCCUGUUGAGCUUUACACUCCCUCAGGUCGUCGUGGUCAUAUCAAGGAAUCAAUUGGUACUCAUGGUCACAUGAAGUGUAGAUUCGAUCAGCAGUUGAAUGCCCAAGAUGCUGUAAUGAUGUCAUUAUAUAAGAGAUCUUUCCCCAAAUGGACCUAUAAUCCCAGAGUUGAACGAUUGGGUGCUAGUAGACUCGUGGAUACAUCAGAUGUUGAUAUGUCAGAAGAAUGA